UGGACUUUUGACAGCAUGUCCGUCCUCCUUAAGCCAAGUCCUACCUAUUUGGUGCCACCCUGCAUCAUGUCCUUUUCUCAUACCCUGAACUGGAGGAGGGAGCUGUUGCAGUAUUCUAAUUUUUCUUGUGAUCCCUGCACAUCGCUGAGCCCACCCUGCUUUACAGAUGAAGAUAGGCUUAGUCUGGAAGCUCUUCAGACAAUACAUAAGCAAAUGGACGAUGACAAAGAUGGUGGGAUUGAAGUAGACGAGAGUGAUGAAUUUAUCAGGGAAGAUAUGAAAUACAAAGAUGCUACUAAUAAACACAGCCAUCUGCACAGAGAAGAUAAGCAUAUAACUGUUGAGGAUUUAUGGAAACAGUGGAAAACAUCAGAAGUUCAUAAUUGGACUGUUGAGGAUACCGUUCAGUGGUUGAUAGAAUUUGUUGAACUUCCUCAAUAUGAAAAGAAUUUUAGAGACAGUAAUGUCAAAGGGACAACACUUCCCAGGAUAGCAGUGCAUGAUACUUCGUUUAUGAUUUCCCAGUUGAAAAUCAGUGACCGAAGUCACAGGCAAAAACUUCAGCUCAAGGCACUGGAUGUGGUUCUGUUUGGGCCUCCAACACGCCCACCUCAUAACUGGAUGAAGGAUUUUAUUCUCACUGUUUCUAUAGUAAUUGGUGUUGGAGGGUGCUGGUUUGCUUAUACGCAGAAUAAGACAUCUAAAGAACAUGUUGCAAAAAUGAUGAAAGACUUGGAGAGUUUGCAAACUGCAGAGCAAAGUCUAAUGGACUUGCAGGAAAGGCUUGAAAAAGCACAAGAAGAAAACAGAAAUGUUGCUGUAGAAAAGCAAAAUCUAGAGCGCAAAAUGAUGGAUGAAAUCAAUUAUGCAAAGGAAGAAGCUUGCCGCCUGAGAGAGCUGAGAGAGGGGGCUGAGUGUGAGUUGAGCAGACGACAGUAUGCAGAGCAGGAGUUGGAGCAGGUUCGCAUGGCUCUAAAAAAGGCUGAAAAAGAAUUUGAACUGAGAAGUAGCUGGUCUGUUCCAGAUGCUCUUCAAAAGUGGCUUCAGUUAACACAUGAAGUAGAAGUACAGUACUACAAUAUUAAAAGACAACAUGCUGAAAUGCAGUUAACUAUUGCUAAGGAUGAGGCAGAAAAAAUUAAAAAGAAGAGAAGCACAGUCUUUGGGACUUUGCAUGUUGCACAUAGCUCCUCCCUAGAUGAGGUCGAUCACAAAAUUCUGGAAGCGAAGAAAGCUCUCUCUGAAUUGACAACUUGUUUACGAGAACGACUUUUUCGCUGGCAACAGAUUGAGAAGAUCUGUGGCUUUCAGAUAGCCCAUAACUCAGGACUGCCCAGCCUGACCUCUUCCCUUUAUUCUGAGCACAGCUGGGUGGUGAUGCCCAGAGUCUCCAUUCCACCCUAUCCUAUUGCUGGAGGAGUUGAUGACUUAGAUGAAGAUACACCUCCAAUAGUGUCACAGUUUCCUGGGACCAUGGCAAAACCUGCUGGAUCUUUAGCCAGAAGCAGCAGUUUGUGCCGCUCUCGUCGCAGCAUCAUGCCAUCCUCAUCCUCGCCACAGUCUCAGCGAGCUCAGCUUCCUCCACAUGUCCCCCACCCCUCCCACCCUUGGCUCCCCCAGCACCCCCAGCACUCCCUGCCUUCCCCGGAUCCGGAUAUCCUCUCAGUGUCAAGUUGUCCUGCACUCUACCGAAACGAAGAGGAGGAAGAGGCCAUUUACUUCACUGCUGAAAAGCAAUGGGAAGUGCUGCUAGACACCGCUUCAGAAUGUGACUCCUUAAACUCUUCCAUUGGGAGGAAGCAGUCUCCUCCUUCAAGCCUUGAGAUAUACCAGACAUUGUCUCCUCGAAAGAUAUCAAGAGAUGAGCUCUCCCUAGAGGAUUCCUCCAGAGGAGAUUCGCCCAUCACUACUGACCUCUCCCAGGGCUCUCCCGAUUGUGUAGGUCUGACAGAAACCAAGAGUAUGAUCUUCAGUCCUGCAAGCAAAGUGUACAAUGGCAUCUUGGAGAAAUCCUGUAGCAUGAACCAGCUUUCUAGUGGUAUCCCGGUGCCUAAACCUCGCCACAUAUCGUGUUCUUCAGCUGGCAACGACAGCAAACCCAUUCAGGAAGCCGCAAGCGUUACCAGGAUAAGCAGCAUCCCACAUGACCUUUGUCAUAAUGGAGAGAAGAGCAAAAAGCCAUCAAAAAUCAAAAGCCUAUUUAAGAAGAAAUCUAAGUGACCUGGCUGACUUGAUGGAAUUCCAUCCAGGUGGCAUCUGUAAACUAUUAUCUCCCACCCUCCACUCCCUACUUUUUGUUUUAAUUUUAGGAAUGUAAUUCCACUGGCUUUCCAGACUGGAUGCAUAGUGGAAUGUCCUUAAGGGCAGCUGUCUACUGUCUGCUUAAAUGACUAGGUAAUCAAUUCAUCAAGUCAGUUAUUACUGAAAAAUCAUUAAGAGAUGAGACAGUUUACAGUCCUUUCUGCCUAUUUAUUUCUGCUUUGUUGUUAGUGAUGUGUAUACAUUUUGUUGAAAGCCACUAUGGACUUACAAGCUUUAAUGGACUAGUAAGCCAGCAUGGGCUUGCAAAAAUUUCUUGUUUACCAAGCAUCUUCUUAUCUUUCCACAGAGCUAUUUACAUCAUGGACUAAGUAACUUAAGAGAAGUAAAACUAAUUGCACUACUGUUUUCCAGACUGGAAAAAAUAAAUCUCUGCAAGUGAAACUGUGUAGAGUUUAUAAAUGACUAUGAAUAGGGAACUGUUUUCACUUUUAGAUCAAAAUUGGAUUUUUAAGUAGAAACUAGAGUUUCUAAUUGACUUGAUUUUGGGAAAUGAAAACCCAUGCUUUUAUUAUGGGGCGCUUCUUUAAAUGCAUUUAAUAUUAUGAAGUUUCAAGUCCUGCUGUAAAGAUCAUGUUGUUUUGUUUUCCCCAGGGCUUUCACUGUGAUUUACUGCAUUGCAGGCUGUAUGAUAAAAUAUAAAUAAUUUAAAGAGAGAAGGCUCAUAAUUCCUUAUGCAAAUGGAAGAGUUGAAACUUGAUUGAAGGACUUAAAACAUUCACAAGCUUAAACUGAAAUGGGGGUGUGGGGAUUCAGGCACUUGUUUACAGACUUUGAAUAAUUGCAAGGACUUACGGUUUGUGAAAAAUUUGUACUGUGGAAAAGAUAAUAAAUUGGAGACAUGAUUGUGUGGGAUUGUGUUGAUUUUUGUUGAUAAUACUCCACUAAAAACACUAUGUUUUCUGGAGAACUGUAAGCUAUCUUGUUGCUUAAUUGCAAUAUAAGAAAUAGUGAUGCUUUGGAAGUUGUCAACAAAUUUCUAUUUAAUAUUGUUUGUCGUAUUUUUUAUGUAGCUUGAAAUGUUUAAAUGUUAUAAUAUCAAGAUUAACAAAUAUAAAUUUAUGGUG